GGAUCUCUUGAAUUAUUUUUAAUUUCAUACACCAAUAUCCUAAAUAAUCUAACUUAAAGUGUAUUUAUUCAACUAUCUUUAGUCUUCAGUGAGUGAUAGUAGAAAUUUUUUACAUCGAAAGAGCAGAUAUUAUGGAAGAUACUAAGAUCCAUCGAUUUUCUGCUAGUGAGAGAUUUAGGAAGACUCGUAGUGGAUGGAAUGAGAGAGUGCCGAGAGGCAGUAAUAAGUCGGAUCGACGCUUUAGCGGUCCCCGCACGCUAUCUCAUCCACCCAGGCAACCAGAGUGUCAGUCUGAUAAGAGAAAAAAGAAAAACUUGAUUAGACACGAACUCCGAACCCGGAAAUACCAAACGCUUCUGGAAGCUAAUAAUGGAAAAAUGACACCGGAGCUGGUUAAACUGUGGCAUCACGUGGCUACUCCACAAGUAGUGGCACUGACGCGGAUCACUGGGAGUGCUCCUGGGAUCUGCUCCAGCGAUAUAUGGCCGUCGAAUUCGACAGGUUUGCCAAAAGAGUCCAGGGAGAUAAGCCAUCGGUCUGAUGAACAUCAGCAUCGAUAUUAUGCCUCUGAGAGAUCCAGAGAGGAUGAUAGUAGAUCGAAUGAGAGAAUGCACAGAGGCAGUGAUCGACGCUUGACGAGUCCCCGCACGGUAGCUCAUUCGCCCAGACAACCAAAGUAUCGCUUGGCGGGUCGCCGUGCACCUGAUUGGCCGUCAACUUCGACAGGUUUGUCAAGAGAGUCCAGGGCGAUAAGUCGUCGCUCUGAUGAACAUCAGCAUCGAUAUUAUGCCUCUGAGAGAUCCCGAGAGGAUGAGAGUAGAUCGAAUGAGAGACUGCACAGAGGCAGUGAUCGACGCUUGACGAGUCCCCUCACGGUAGCUCAUUCGCCCAGACGACCAAAGUAUCGCUUGGCCGGUCGCCGUGCACCUGAUUGGCCGUCAACUUCGACAGGUUUGCCAAAAGAGUCCAGGGAGAAAAGCCGUCCCUCUGAUGAACAUCAGCAUCGAUAUUAUGCCUCUGAGAGAUCCAGAGAGGAUGAUAGUAGAUCGAAUGAGAGACUGCACAGAGGCAGUGAUCGACGCUUGACGAGUCCCCGCACGGUAGCUCAUUCGCCCAGACGACCAAAGUAUCGCUUGGCCGGUCGCCGUGCACCUGAUUGGCCGUCAACUUCGACAGGUUUGCCAAAAGAGUCCAGGGAGAAAAGCCGUCCCUCUGAUGAACAUCAGCAUCGAUAUUAUGCCUCUGAGAGAUCCCGAGAGGAUGAUAGUAGAUCGAAUGAGAGACUGCACAGAGGCAGUGAUCGACGCUCGACGGGUCCCCGCGCGGUAGCUCAUUCGCCCAGACAACUAGAGUGUCGCUUGGCGGAUCACCGCGCACCUGAUUGGCCGUCUACUUCGACAGGUUUGCCAGAAGAGUCCGGGGAGAAUAGUCGUCCCUCCGAAGAACUUCAACUCGAGAUUCGAGUCUCUCCACCAGCUGUGAUAGAGGAAAAGAUGAAACCAUUUUUGCCACCACCGCCACAGCCAUAUGUGCUGGGAAUAGUAGACCCGUGGCGCGAGUAUAGAGGGAAGAAAAACAGGAAAAAGCGAAGGAAGACGUUUCACAGGCAAUUUAAUUGGGCCGACGCCGAGUGGGUAUGUCCGACUGGAUCACCAAAAUCACCCGAGUCGGGAAUUGAAGAGAUACCAGCGUUUGAUGACCUCUCCAUUGAUGUCCCCCCAAUGAAUUCCGAUGAUGAAUUGGUGAUGCAUGAUGAUGAAGGAGUAGGCCUCGACGACGCGGACCUUUAAUUUUCCUUGUGAUCGUCGUCCCAAAGAUAUCGUCGAACAAAAAGGGCUUACACACACACACACACACACACACACACACACACACACACACACACACACACACACGGACGUCCAUCCGGAAAUAGUCGGAAUAGUUUCCUAGGACCUCAAAAUCUCUAGAUCUGAUGAAAACUCGAUUUUUCGAAAAUCAGACUGAAAGCAAUAACUUUCCGUUAUUUAAAAAUUUUCAAUUUUCAUGGCGGGAAAUUAAAAAAUGUACUAUUAUCCUAAAGAUCAGUACCUUCUUAAAAGUAAUGUAUCAUUAAUAAUCAUAUCAUAGAUUUUGAUUGUUAAAUGAAAAAAAACACUAUUUAAUUAUAUUUUAUUUAUGUAUAAUAUUUAAUGUCUGUUUAAUAAUGUAAUUAAAUAAUGUAGCAACAAAUACAAUUAAUUAAUAAAAGCUAAUAAUUAAUAUUAUUAAAAUAAAUUUUAUAAAUAUUUACAUUUUUCUUAUGUUUCACUAUCGCUUUCUAUAUUAUCAGAAAAAUAAUUCAUAAUAAUUAAAUUAUUGUCAACAAGUUAAAAGUAUA